AGGGGCAGCCGGGCACGUCCCGGGACCGGUAGGCGGCAGGUGGGCUCCUCGGUGGGCAGGGGCCGGGCGGGACCCCCCCCGGGUCCCCCACAGGAUCCCCAGCCCCGGCUUCCCCUCAGAGGCGCCUCCCUCAGCCAGGGCGGCCCCGCGGGGUAGAGCCCCGUGAGGCGGGGAGCAGCGGCGUGUGCUGUGUGUGCCCUGCGAGCAGCUCCCUCGACAGUGCCGGGGACAGCGCCAGGAAGAAGGAGAGAAAUCCUUUCCGUGCUCCGGGGAUGAGUGGAUUUUGAGGGACGCGUUGUUAACACCCCCGCUGCUCAGCCCGGGUCCCCCCGACCCGCUGACGAGGGGAUUGAGGCUGCCGCUGGCUCAGUCCGACACGGCUCUGCGUGCAGGUUUCUCCUCCCUGCGAACACGAAGACCAGAUGCACAGGGCAGAUGGCUGGUGUAAAUCGUUCCGUAACGCGUACUUGGCUUCGGAGGACGAGCUGUACCUGUGCAGAAUAACAGAAUAACGAAGCUGCAAGCCCAGACAUGAAGCACUGUGCCCUGUGAUGUUUGUUUUGCUAGCUCUUACUGUUGGAGGAUGGCUGCUCUAUUCUGUGAAAAUUGUUCUGGUCAGUACCACUACCCGCAGGUCCACCAGCCUUUUGAAAUCAGCUGCAUGUUGCUUCUGAUUAUGCUUGGAAAAGUGUCCCUUGAUUUCUUCAUGUUGCAAGUUAAGCAAAAACAUGUGAAAGUUAGUUUUAUGGGAUACUUCUGUGUUUCUUUGGCACUUCUUGAUUUCAUCCUGCUGAUCAAUAUAGCUGUCAUUUUCUAUUUUGAAGACUUUGCGCUCUGGGGUGUAAGAUUUACAAAGUACCAUAUCUGCCUCUUCACUCAGAUAAUUUCUCUUACUUACGGUAUUUUGCAUUACCCAGUAUGUCUCGUGGCUGGUCUGGAUUAUUACAUGACUAUAGCCCAAACCUCUCAAUCUCCUAGACGAGGCCAAAGACUAUUUUAUGCAUUUGUUGUGAUUUUUAUAUGGAUUUCAGGUUUUUUUUGUAUUCUGAAAGUUCCUGCUAUCUACGAAGAACUAGAAAUUCGGAACUAUUUUUCUCCUUAUCAGUGUCCUCUCUAUGUCAGCGUGCAGAGCUACGCCGUCUCGUUUGCCAUGCUGCUUCUCAUAGGCAUGGCUUUCAUGGUUUCUCGGAAGGAAGUUAUAACCAUGAUACUGUCUGUCAGGGUGGUUUCUUUUGCCAGUCAGCCUGUUCUGAUGUUCUCAUACACGUCUAACAACAACGGCACUUGCUUUAAGUGGCAACUUCUGACCAGACUCCUCGUCUGUUUCCUUGGCACUUGGGCACCUUUUGUGCUUCUUCAGUUUAUCGUUUUGUUUCUUGGUGCUCGGAUUCCAGCCUACAUGGAGAUGAAUGUCCCCUGGCUGUACUUCAUCAACAGCUUUCUCAUUGCAGUAGCAUACUGGUGUCGAUGUCACGAUGUCGAAUUGACAGAGGAGAUGUGGUCUACAGACCCAUUUGUUAGCUGGAAAUUCUGCUUUAUGCCAUUUAACAAUGAAAACACAGAGCCAGCUGAAAAGCCAGGCACAGUAAUUGUGAUCUGUUAACGAGCUGCUGACUGAAAAGACUGCAAGUAACUGCUGUGUGGCAGAAGCGCGUACUUGGAUGCUCUGUGACAGUGUCCUUACAGAUAAUACAAAGAAGCAUCUCCAGAACUACAACCCAUGGAAAAGAAUCCAACAUUCACACGGAUAGUAAUAAAUAUCGCACCAGGAUGUGGCCACUGCAUGCUUCUACACUAGGCUUUAUUGCCAGUCCAAAGAGGUUAAAGUAUGGGUUUUAUAGAAGACCAAUACUUCCAAAAAACACAUUUUCAGUUAAGCCUUAUGUUUUUACUAGAAUGUUACACUUGUUUUAAAUGGAAUGAUCUCAGGUUUUAUAGAAUAAAAUGCAAUAAAGUAUUUUUCUAAGCUGGAGCCCUUUUAUCAGUUAGAUACGAGUAAGCUACUGUCAUGUUCAAACAACUGUGAUUUUGUGAAGUCUAUCUUCUUGUUAAAGUAACUUUUUGUCAGUUUAACUUAAAUUAAGGCUUUUUUGUAUGUUUAAUGAGGAAUAAAUUGUUUUAGUUAAAGCUAUACCUCCUACAGAAAUACAAGCUUUGUUUACAUACAAUAUUGCAAGAUGUGUAACUUUCACAACUACAGGAAAGGUGAUGUUUCAUUAUUUCUUUGCUACUGCUUCUCUGAUGUAUAUAUGCAUAUUAAAAAUUAUUCGUCUACAAACAGAGCAGUAAGAGCUUUAAUGCAGAACAAAUACAAAUGUGCUUAAUAUGAACAGUUCAGCUAGACUCCCUCAACUAAGCAGACGUAUCCUCUUACGACGUUUCUUGAUACACGCAAGUACAUGCCAGGGGUUAAAGAACAGGUUAAAGUAGAAUAGAAUUUAUUUUGCAGCCAAGAUUACUCUGAUAUUAAAGUAGUUAUUCUUGCUGAAGCAGGUCUACUUCAGUAGGGGAAAAAUUAUUCAGACUUCUAGCAAAAGCAUUUCAUUAGUUUUCAAAGUUCUUACAGUUCAAUGAAGAUUAAACUCUUGGUUUAAUUUUGCAGGAGAUAAACAUGAUACACAACCAAAGCAGACAAAUGGAAGUAGCAUUUAUUUCUGAAGCACUGAACUCACAGUACAAUAUUAUAUUGAAAUAGAAACUAUAGAAGUAAAUGACGCUGCAGGUUGGUUAGUUAAUCAUUCACUCAGACCCACAGGGAACAAUGAUAUCACACAAGAAUACUCAUUAAGAAAAAUCUGCAGGUAACAAAAGGUGCAAUUACAAGCAAGUUUAAGCAGCAUAGUAUAAGGUGCUUUGUUUCAGCAUUUGUAUAAUCAAUUUAUCCAUUAACAGACAGAUUAAAGUAAUCUCACUUCUACGGAUUCAUAACAAAUGAGAAUCUAAAAUUCAUUCACAUGCUAGUUGGUAAUAGGAAAGUGCUUUUUAAAAAAAAUGAUUCACAAAGUGAAGAUCAUAUUUUUACAUAUUCACUGUGCUCUUCAACUGUAAAAUUUAAUUUUUGGGUUACCAUUUACAAUACUAUAUAUCAAUUAUAGACAUAUGUUUUAAUUGCAGAAUUUCGUGAUACAUGUGCUAAAAUUUCUUAUAAAAGAAUAUUCCAGUAUAUCACUCCAUGAUAAGAAAUUACAAUCACGUACCAUAUAUUAAUCUUACAUUUCUGCAAUAUAUCGAAGUCUAAUUAUUCUGAUUUAUUACUUCACCCCACAUAGUGCUUCUUUGACCCACAGUGGGUGGUAACAUUUCUUUGAGGUUUCAGUGACAACAUUUCAGAAAUGAAACCAAAAGGACAGCAUUGUUAAAGCAGCAGAAAAUGGUUUCUGGAAAAUCUGUUAAAAAGGCCAUCAAAAUGACAGUAAAGGAUCAACAACUGAAUUUUAAAAGUAGUGUAAUUAGAGGCAGCAAUGUUUAGCAAUAUAGUUUGAAGUGUUUGGCACCACAAAUUGUUUCAUCCUUUAUGCUGGAUACUGUAUUGGAGGAAAUUCUAUUUCCACAUUAAAAGUAGGAAAGCAUGUAUAACGUUAACCUUGAAAAAUGACCUUAAGCAAUCACUCCCUGCACCUAGUUUCCAAUUGCUGUUACUUAGUGCUUGAGAUGCUAUAGGACAAAAUAUGUCUAACCGUAUUUUUGGACACAGCAUUUCCUCAGGUUAUAUAUAAACUGGACACCCACUGAAAUGGGGUUGACAAAAUAUUUACAAAACCUAAUUCCAUUUAAAAACCAGCAAGUAUCUCAGACAGUAAUGCACCAGGCAUUUCAGAAGAUCAUGAAAUAACUAAUCCAUACAGAUUUGGCAGGCAAGGGAAAAUAUCUAAUUUUAAAUUCACUUAACAUCAGAUGAAGCCAAAGUUAUUUUCAAGAACACGCAAUUCAGAUGCUUCUUUUGGUGUGGUUAGUCUCACCCUUCUGAUUCACUGAUGUACCCAGAACUGGAACUGCAAGAAGUUGGGUAAGGUACAGAUGUAUUUAUCGCUGUGGUUCAGAUUCUCAACCUGUAAUUAACGUUUACCCAUCCCCAUCUGUUCCGACACAGCAGAAUUCCCAUAGUUGCUGCACUGCUUCUAAAGACAUUUUAAGUUUUUAAAAUUGUAAUUUUACAGGGAAGCCACAACAUGCAGGCAAAUCAAAUAUUAAUAUACUGAUGUCACAUCCCUGUGUUACAAUCAAACUCUUUCUUUCAUACUUUUUGGGAAAAAGGGUCAAAAAGGAUCAACCUGUAGGCUGUCAUUACAGCCACCACGUAAGUAGUAGCAGCACUACAGGUCUCAACAUAGCAUCCAACUGUGGCAUCUUAGCCUACUGAUGUGUAACUAUUUUAAAAUAUAUUAAUAGUAGCUCAUUUUAAGCCCAUUUUUAUCCUUAACUUUUAAUGGAGGGAGAUAUCUGAUCCAGUUGUGAUCUUCAUUCUAUUAUCCUCCUAACAGACUUUUCCUCUCUUCGUGCAUUUUCUUUUAUCUGGUGCUUCUGGGAAGUCCUAACACUGAGCCUUGAGCACAGCAAUAAAACCAUAAACCAUUAUUUUGUAAAACGGGAUUACAGUUUCACUGCAAGACUGAAAGAGGAGAAACUAUGUUAGGAAGGUAGCAAUAUCUGAAAUAAUCCAAACUACAGACAAUCACUAACCUCUAGGUUACACUGCUUGUGCUGUGCCAGUAACUAAUGACCUUAUACCAUGCAAACAUUUUACAGUCCUUUAAUUCUUAUAGAAUUAUAUAAUAUUAGUGGUAACAGUGGUGAAAGUAUUAACCCUUUAUGAGAAACUUCUGUACUUUUCUUGUAACAAAAUCCCUUAAAAAUCAACAUUGAAUUUAGUGAGCUAUUCUAUAUGUUUUCAACCCUAAGUGAAAGUAUUUGGCACUCAUUAAUAAAACCUUUCUUCUUACACACAUCUUUCCUGAUCAGUACUGGUUUGCUGAGACUACAGCACAAAGAAUUCUAAAAGGGAAGCUGGCUCUGCAGAACAUUUCAUCGUUCUUUCAACCAUCUCCUUUCCAAAUAGAGGACGUAACGUCCCAGCUGCCAAAACACUGAGCAGGUAGUACAGGACAACACAAGUCUUCCCGCAUGUUGACCAGAGCCACAAAGCAGAUGUGUGCCAUAAAUCAAUUCUAUUUGUGCUUCUAGCUUAAUCCCACCGUCAGCAAGGGCACCCUUAUUUGGUACCUACGAUCAAUACUAUAAGCAUCGCAACAGCCCUAUGUAAAAAUAGUGCUUUUACACAUCAUUAAAAAUACUUCUUAAAUGUUAUGUAUUGCAUUCAAAGCAAUAUCAUUCUACGAAUGUACAUUUGUGCUCGAAUUAUAAUUCCUUCUAGAUGGAAACAUCUCUUCAGAUCACAUUUUUCCAGAUCCUUACUUGUAAAACAAUCAUUUUGUAUAAUUUAGCAGGAAGUUAAUACAAGCUGGAAGUUUAAAAUUCUUAACUUGAAAUCUGCUCACAACACUGACUUCCAGAACCGUGUUAGAUCAACAGCAACAAAAGCCAGACCAUAAGCUUGCUACGUAUCUUCUAUUACAAGCCUGUUCACACCUCUGAAUUUUUUUUCCCUUCCUCUCAGCUAUGAGAGACCAGUAAAUAGUAAGUACAACCUCCACGUGAAUAAGCAGGUGUGUAUGAGUUACAACACUGAGGUUGCACAAGCCUAUGUAGCAGCUUAGAACGGGGGCCUUGAAUACCUGUGGAAGUGCUGACCACACCACCCAGGAGACAAGCACGACACAAAAUGCUCCGGCCAACACAGCUGAGACCCAACAGGGCAAAAAGCACCAAAUGUGCUAAAUCCAUACGGAGAAGAAAUGGCACGUGAUAGAGCGCCUCCACAGUUAUGCAGAAGGUAGAAGUAAAUCAGCCCAAUCCAUAUGGAUCAAGGUAACGUGUCCUAUCUGCUUUUGCAUUCGAUCUAUGUCCCAGUCUCUGAUUAUAGCUCUUGGACUAUGUCAGGGACAGCUUUUUGGAAGAGAAACGGGACAAAGCAUCUACACUGCAGGCACUUGUCUAUAUCAUAAUUACCUUUUUUUUUUUUAAUGUCACUAUUUUCAAAGCCAUCCAGUGGAUGUAGCUACAUAGAACCCAUAGAACCUAACUAAAUUCUCAUUACCAAAG